AUGGCAUCGUUCGAGCACUUCAAAGCUUUUCAAUCUGUUAUCAACUCACGGACAAAGCCGUCAACCGAUCAGCGUUCACGUCCUCCAAGAAACCUAGCAUCCGAAGCCGCUAGCGACGAAAGGCAUGCGCAGUACGACUAUCAUUCGGACGCGCCCAGUUCUUCAAGCCAUGGAAAAUCACCCCGAGACCCUGGGCGGGGUAUCCGGCCGGCCUUUCCGUACACUUUGAGGUUUCUUUCCGACGGGCAAAUGGAAGACAGCCGCGAUGACUUUGUCACGACUCAGGAACUGCGGACACUGAUCGAUGAAAUACGCGUCCAGGCGGGCUUUCUUCCGCUGAUGAAUCCUUCGCCAAAUGAGAAGUCUUUUUUCCUUGGGUCCAAGUCAUCAUUAGUGCCUUUGUUGCUCGUUUUCCCACAGCUCAAGCUGGCUCUGAGCAGAACCGAACUAGGCAAUGACAUCAAAAAGGACAUUGAAUACCUUAUGGACUGGGUAUUCACCAUGUUGGUACCGAGUCGCGGCCUCGACAGACCACACUCGCUCAAUAAUGCUGUCGAAGAACAGGAAAACAUUCUGAAAACCGGGAGAGUGUCCUUCAGUGAUCUGCCCAAGCUCUUUGUGGCGGGGGAUCUGAUAUACACCAGGAACCGAACCGGGAUGGGGAGUCUGGCCUACGAACAGUGCUGGAUAACCCAGGAAUGCUCCUUUGUCCGUGUUCCAGAUGGUGUGGGUUUCGAAAUCACGGCUCUAGAGUUGACUUGGAACUCGAAAGUUUCCAAACUAGCCGCGAGCUCCUGUUGUGUGCCUAUUGAAGAUUACGAUGGCGAAAAGCCCAUCGACGUUCAAGUUCUCUCGAUCGUGCCUCUCAACUCUUUGCCAUCGACUGAGAGGGAUGAAUUGGUCAAAAGACUGACAGCACGAGGAAGAACCUACGCGGAGCUUUGCCACAAGUCAGCUUCAUCGUACGUUUGGGACUACCACGGCCCAUCUUUGCGAUACUUUAGCGAUGAAGAGACAUUUUGUGUGUCAGAUCGCUGGCGUCCAUGGGAUCGAAAGGUAUGUCAUAGAAUUCCACGCGGCAUGAUGGCUGUCGUUACUGACAAGCUAAUUGGGGUCCAGAUCAGCGGAAGAGUUCUUCUUCAUCAGCAUUUGACUCAUAAGUCAAGUCGCAGAGCCCCAACACCUUCCUUGUGUGUGGAGGUUACCGAUGAGUUGACCGUCAACAGCUACUUGAUAUGCUCAGGCCGAGUACUCAUCAGAACCAUGCCUGAUUUGGUAAGAGAAAGCAUCUUCUGCGACCUCUUGAGACCCGUCAAAUGGAACAGUUCAGCCCUCAAUGGCAAUCACGUCUUGGCCGCAGACAAAAUGCUAGGCGCGAUUCGCAAGUUCAGCCCUGGGGUGGACUCGACAAACCAAAGCCUUGACACUUCUCCAUCGAAGCGGCUUCUAGUUGUCUUGCGUGGGAAAGAAAUUGAAUUUGAGCAUGUUCUAAAUGGUAAUGAUUUUACUUAUCUCCUUGAGUCUUACGUAUCUCUUCACCAACUCGGACUAACAGUCCCAUCACGCAAAGCCGUGGCAGAAAGUGCCCAGCGCGCAUUCAUCUUUGUAGACAUUCUGGAUCACAUCACUUCCGAUCGCCAUCCUCUUUACGAAUUGGACUUUGUUACACAUCAUGCAGAAUUGUCGUCCGCGGUGUUGGGCCUGCAGAACCUCGGACCGCUCGUCGCAAAGCGAUCAUUUGACCAACCCGACCGGUGUGCACACAUCAACAAAUGCCGUCAAAUCCUGGAGAGGUUUUCCGGGAUCGCCUUCAUCUGUCUUGGAGACGAGGAUGAGAUGGACCCGUCCUUUGAGCGCCUUGGACUUGUGCAUAUCAGACUCGAUGAGAGCCCGGCAGCCUGA